UUCGGGCGGACUUCACUCUUGUUAUUUGUCGGCUAAUUUUCCCUUCCACUCAGUGAGUGUUGAGCAGGCAGCGAGGAUACUCCGAAGAGUCGGUAUUUACCUGUCAACAAACGGAAUUACGUUCCGAGCUGAGCAGUGUUUUCUGGUUUCGACUUGCAAACCAAGCUACGAAAGAGUGUGUUCAAGGUCCGCGGCCAUGGGUCUGAGCGGGGCGGCGUGGAGAGGAGAGGAGAGGAGAGGGGGGUUUAAAUGUCUCUCUCGUCCCAAAAGCUUCUUUUGAUUUGAAGCAAGAGCGGAGCCGCUCGUGUUCAUUUACGCGUUCAGUUGACUCAAAAAGUUGUUAUUCGUCGGUUUUUCAGAGCGGCAGAGAUUCUUCCACACGGGCUCGUUCGUUUUGUCCACAUUUUUGGGGAAUUUUUCUGUUUGUUUUGGUUUUUUCUUUCUUUCCUGGAGAGCCGAGGUGGCGAAGUGAACGGCGGCUCACCGAGUCGGGACUGACCGCUGGAGUUGGUCCUGAAAAUGGAGGCUGUUAUCGAAAAGGAAUGCAGCGCUCUCGGAGGACUCUUCCAAACUGUUAUCGGAGACAUGAAGAGCAGCUACCCUAUUUGGGAGGACUUUAUCACCAAGGCUGGCAAACUGCAGUCGCAACUCAGGACGACAGUAGUUACUUUGGCUGCUUUCUUGGAUGCCUUUCAGAAAGUUGCCGACCUGGCUACCAACUCACGAGGUGGUACCAGAGACAUUGGAUCAGCGUUGACCAGGAUGUGUAUGAGACAUCGCAGCAUAGAGGCUAAACUCAAACAGUUCUCUAUGGGUUUCUUGGAAGGUCUGAUCAACCCUCUCCAAGAAGAGAUGGAGGAGUGGAAAAGAGGAGUCAACACUUUGGAUAAGGACCAUGCUAAAGAGUAUAAAAGAGCCCGGCAGGAAAUAAAGAAGAAGUCCUCAGACACACUGAAACUUCAGAAGAAAGCAAAGAAAGCUGAUAAUCUAGGUUCCCAAGGUCGUGGUGAUAUCCAACCCCAGCUGGACAGCGCCAUGCAGGAUGUCAGCGAUAAAUACAUUCUGCUGGAAGAGACAGAGAAGCAGGCCCUGAGAAAGGCUCUUAUAGAGGACAGACAGAGAUUCUGCUGGUUCGUGGCCAUGCUGCGGCCUGUAGUGGAUGAAGAGAUUUCUAUGUUGGGAGAGGUCACACAUCUCCAAGCGAUCUCUGAUGACCUCAAAGCGCUGACCUCUGACCCCCACAAGCUUCCCCCUGCUAGUGAACAGGUGAUCAUGGAUCUGAAGGGCUCAGACUAUGGUUGGUCAUAUCAAACGCCACCCUCAUCCCCCAGCACCACUAUGUCCAGGAAGUCUAGCAUGUGCAGUAGUCUGAACAGCGUUAACAGUAGUGACUCCAGGGGAUCCAGUGGCUCUCACUCUCAUUCUCCUUCCUCCUCUUCUUCCUCCUCUUCCUCACACCACCUCUUCCACCACCAUCACCCUCGCCAUCGGUACCGCAGCUCCACGCUACCCCAGCAGGCCCCAGUGCGACUCUCUAGCAUAUCCUCCCACGACUCGGGCUUCAUUUCUUCAUCACACGACCAGUACACGUCGUCCAAAUCAUCCUCGCCAAUGCCAGCUGAAACAAAGCCUUAUCCCACUUCCAGCUCCUCUGAAGUGUCAGAGACUGGGCAGAUUCACAGUGACUGCAGCUCCCCCUCCUCUCUAGCUGCUGCUACUGCACCUCAGCACGCUACUGACAAGUUAUCCAAUGGUUAUGACCACUACAGUCCGGCCACUUCCCCAUAUCUCCAUAGCAACGGGGGGAGUUUGGGGUCGGGUUCAGGCACUGCCUUCCCCUUCUUCCCUGCUUCCUCUUCAUCCUCCACCUCCUCCUCCAGUCCCACCCGUUCAUGGUCACGUCCCGCCUCAGCCUUGCUCCCAGACUAUCCUCACUACUGUACAUUGGGACCCAUGAUACCCUCAUCACGAGUGCCCAGCUGGAAGGACUGGGCUAAGCCGGGCCCGUAUGACCAGCCCAUGGUCAACACACUGAGGAGGAAGAAAGACAAGGAGAGUCCAGCAGUAGUGGACACUAAUGGUAGUGUGAGUAAUGACAGCAGUUCAGCCUCCAUCUCAACCUCAGGGCCAGCUGCGACUGUGCUCCAGACAUCAGCGUCAGUGGAGGAGAGGAACAGGACUGUGACUUCACCUCUCAAGGCUGGUGAUAUCCAGGCCCAUGAGGAACUGGCUCUAGCCUUAACCAGAGGUCUGGAACUGGAUACCCAGAGGUCCAGUCGUGACUCCAUCCAGUGUUCCAGUGGCUACAGUACGCAGACCAACACACCCUGCUGUUCUGAAGAUACAAUACCUUCACAAGUAUCAGACUACGACUAUUUCUCAAUGGCUGGAGAUCAGGAGCCUGAGCAGCAGCCGUCUGACUUCGACAAGUCCUCCACCAUUCCCAGAAACAGUGACAUCAGUCAGUCUUACCGGCUCAUGUUCCAGAGCAAGCGGCCAGCCUCCACAGCCGGCCUGCCCAGCACACCGACUUCUUACCCAGGACAGGGGGCCUACCCUGCAGGACCCUAUCCCUCCACACCUGUCCACACUGGAGCUUAUCCUCCAACCCCUACAGGCUCAGGUCAGGGUUUUUAUUCUGGAUCAAGCUCCCAUAAUGCAUCCGGCUCCUAUUCUACAGGCCACGGUCCAGUUAUCGUCACUCCUGGAGUAGCCACAAUCCGCCGCACCCCCUCUUCAAAACCUUCCGCCCGCCGUUCAGGUUCAGUUGGGGGCACGGGCCCCAUCCCUAUUCGUACGCCGGUCAUCCCUGUAAAAAUCCCUACAGUGCCUGAUAUGCCAGGAACAGUUAAUGGGAGCAGAAGUGCAGAGGAGAUGGGGGGAAGAAGAAGAGGAGUGGAUGACAGUCCAGAUUCUCCGACAUUUGCAGGAGGCGGGGAUGCUGGCACGCUGCCCAUGGUGUCCUGGAGUGGUCAGGCUACAACCAAUCCUCCCAGUGUACCCCUGCCCAACCAGCAGCACCUUCAGAGUGAGACAGGACAGGAUGGAGGAGGAGAAGAGGGAGGAGAGGCGAGAGAAGGCAACAUGCUGGUGGCCAUUCGCAAGGGAGUCAAGCUCAAGAGAACCCUCACCAAUGAUCGCUCUGCACCACGUAUCGCAUGAUGACAUAUUAUAGAAGUUGAGGCCAAACCCUCAACAUUUGUGUAAAUGAAGUCAAAGGCUUUGCGGAUAGAAACAUGAUGUACAGAAUCAAAAGGCUUCUUCUGCUAGUAUGAGAAAUCAAUUACACCUGUUCCACAUAUAGUGUUUCUCAUCCUGUAAAUUUCCACCUGUGAGAAUACCUCACUGCAGACAGCAUCUGUAACAAGUCUCAAGGAAGAAAAUGUAUUGAAAUUAUGUGAAGCGAGGUAUGCUGACAUAUUGGUUUGGACCUUAAGUGGAUCACAGGCCUACUUGAGGUAGAUUCUUGGAUAAGUUGAGUAAUUGUAGAGGCCUGUAUACGUAUAAGGAUAUGACCUAAUUUCUCUUUUUGGUCCUCAAAUAAGCACUACAAUGUUUUCCAAAUCUGAGCCUGCAGCUGCGUAAUGAAAAACAUGAGGAUGUUUUUGUAGCAUUACACCACAGUGUGUUUGUUUCUUUAAGAGGACAGUGAAGACAUAUUAUACAGGCAUGUAUCCAGUAUUCUCCCUGAGGCAGAGGGCUGGAUAAGGACAAUGUGUAUUCUCAGUUUAAAAAAGACUCAACUGUAUUAUUUGUACAAACUCAUUGUUUAGGGGGUGCGUUGCACCACCGUGGGAUGAAUAGGCAUUCCAACUGCCAAGCGACUUGGCAGAAGGAGCACAACAGCCAAUGCAAGUACUUCACAGCAUCAAGAGAACAAUAUUCAGGUGCUCUAAUGGCUCCAGUGGUCGACCGUUGAUCGCGCCAUUUGGCAUCUCCUGAAAUGCUUUGACUGCUGAAAUGGAGGGCAGAAGGGUGCCGUGUUGUGAAAGCUGUCUUCCACUAGGACACAUGAGAUGUCCACAGAGCCAAGAUGGGCAGAGCUGUGACCAGCAACUUGUGUUAGGAGACUACAGCGCGACUAAAGCGUCACAUGGUUGAUGCUGUCACAUUGAGAGACACUACACAUCCUGUUUUGUUAUAGUUUUAGUUUUGGUAUUUCCAUGAUGUGUACAUAAAUUUUGCACGUCUCUGUUGCUGAGGAGUGUGUCGGUGCUUCUCGCUCUCUGUAUCUUUGCUACGUUUCCUUCCUCCAUGGUGCCACAAUCAUUAAGUUCCACAGCUUUCAACAGGUUUUCAAACAACGAUCAUCAAACUCCAUUGCCUUUGGAUGUGAAUCAGUUUUUAUUUCUCAGUAUUUUUUUCCAGUAUGAAUAUAAUUUCAUCUGCAUCAUCUACAUGCUGAGCUUUGUAGAACUUCUCAGUGGUUUGUGUUUAUAUAUUAGCCCUUAUAUAUUCUUUCAUAAAGCAUUUACUAGCCAUGCUGCAACCUGCUGCACCUCGAAUGCUCAUAACAUAAUAAAUGUCAGAAUACAGAUGUGCCAUGUCCAAACUAAAUGUUAAUUCAAAUUUAUAUGUAUUAUUAAACAUUUUAUAGAAGUUAUGAGGAUACAUUUUUUUGAUGUUUUGAAAGACAUGAGUGUAAAGGUGUAAUUGGUAAUGCCAUACAGUUUUUAUUGUUCUGCCCGAUGGCUGUUAUAUGAACUCUUUGUUGGCUUUGAACCGCAUGUAGCAUGCAUGCUCAUGUCCUUUUAAUUCAUCAAGGUUCUUCCUUCCAUCAUCUUCAAUUUUUGGUCUUUUGAUUUUUUGUUACGGCAUCAAAUGUGACACAUCUGAUAUGUACAGAUAUUUUCUAGCUAAAAAGUAGGAAUAUACAUGAACAUAAAGUGGAUAAUUUAAGAAAUUCAUGUCACCCGGGGCACAUUUAAAUAUCCUUUUUUAUAUGGACAUGAAGAUCAUUUGCAGAUGUGGCUGCAGCGUUGUGAGACAAUAGGCAAAAAGCAAUUCAUAUCCCUGAGUUACAGUCUGUACUUUAAUUUGAAUUUCAGUUCAAGCACUGUGAGACCAUGGCUACUACAAGAUGUAUGAAAGUGUAAAUGUUAAUUAGCUGUACAAGUUAGUCCAAAAACUCACACAGGUUUUUAUUUAUUUUAUCUUUUUUCUUUCUCAACCUAUCUCUAUUUUUAUACUCGUAUGUAAAGUAUCUGAUUAACCAAGUUGUUUCCUCUCUCCGUGCAUGUACUAUCUGAUGAUGUGUUGUUUCAUCAGUGAAUUCUUAAUGAUUUUUGUCCUUUAUUUCACACAUACAUGCAUAAACUGCAUUUAAUAAUCGCAGCACAGUGAGUUCCUCUGACUUCUAGGUACCACCGGAAGUCAGAAAUGUGUUUAAAAAGUUAAGUUUAAGUUGUGUAACAAAGAGGCUCGCAUCAGUAUUAUGGGUUCAGAUUUAGAGACGAAUGGUCAUUUGCAUGAUGCAGAGCUGAUCUCUGUUCCCUGAGUGUGAUUGAAAGUGUUUGUACCCCUUUUAUUUACAACUGAUUUCAGGUAAUAUGUUUAAAAAAAAAAAAAAAAAACUCUUUAUCUGAUAGGCAUCUUAUAAGAUUUGAACAAAUGGCACACUUGCUGUUAUAAUCUGAGUCUCCCAAAGCCACUGAGCAUCGAAAUGUUUCUUUACUUUUAACAGGUCCCAUAUGCAUUUAAUGUAAUUGAAAGUUACAGUAGGAUGCAUGACAACAUGAUGAAAACUAAUGAUGUCAUCAACUCAUUUGCAUACUAAAUUAAAAUACCCCUUAACAGUUUAAUGUCAUCAAAGAUGAUAUUAUUGCUCAGAUGUUUUGGGAAACUCAGCAUUCAGUUCUUGAUAUUGUUUCAUGAUGUUAAUAUGUUUUGUUUUUGUAUGUUUUUGGGCCAUCCACCUGUCUAAGACUUGUAUUAUAAACCUGUAAUUUCCAUAUUUAAAUUGCUAGCAUAAAUAUAUAUUAUAUCAGAGUUGCCAAAUGUCAGUAUAUCCUAUGAAUAAGAAGUUUAUAGUUUGUGAGGGUUUUGAAAGUACAGUUAAACCUGGUCUCUAGUUUAGGUUUUUAGCUUCUGUUCCCCCUCUGAGGAGAGUUGACCUCUCUGUCUGUCCCUGUACAGUUCAACAGCCUAUGAUCCAGUUUGUUUCAGGAAGUAAAAGAUUGUUAUUUUUUGUGUAAUGACAGCUUUAGCAAUACAAUAAAAGUAUAAAUUUUG